AUGGCUUGCAAGCACGCCGCCAGCCUCGAUCUUCGCCCCCCACCUCUCUCCGAAGCCGUAUAUCGCGAAGACUGCACAUUGUGCUUCGACAACGUCGACCAACCCGCAGGCAUCGAUGUCUGCCUCCAGUGCUAUAACGGUGGGUGCGCGGCAGAUCGACAGCACGGCCAUCAACACGCUCAGCAAGCCCAGCAUCCACUAGCUGUCAACAUCAAACGCACGAGGAAGAGGACGAAGCGGGACGACAACGAGCCUCCGGAGAAGAUCUCCCGUCUGGCGAUCAAGGCAGAGACUGAUGCAGAACGCUAUGACGUCCAGACCGACGUGCACUGCUUCCAGUGCCGCGUCCACGACAUUGGCAGGGAUGUGGGCAAGGUCGGCCAAACAGUAGACGGCAUCCUCAAGGCAAACACUUUUGCCAGGCAAGAGGAGGUCAAGGCGUGGGAGCUGGAGAUGACAGCCUGUGAGCACACACUCUGUCUCGAGCAAGCACAAGGCCGUCAAAUAUCGAGUGGAGAUCUCGGCCACUGUGCUCAAUGCGACCUGAAGGAGAAUUUGUGGCUGUGCUUGACAUGCGGGAAUUUGGGCUGUGGACGUCAACAGCAUGGUGGCUUACCAGGCAACAGUCACGGCAAAGAGCAUACCCAGACAUCGCAGCACCCUGUAGCAGUCAAGCUUGGCUCGCUCACUGCGGACGGCAACGCAGACAUCUAUUGCUAUGCUUGCGACGAGGAGAGAAUCGAUCCAGAACUUCCACAGCAUCUGAAGCACUGGGGUAUUGAUAUCACAGGGCGUGUGAAGACCGAGCAGAGUUUGACGGAAAUGCAAAUCGACCAGAACAUGAGUUGGGAAUUCCGCAUGGAGGAUGAGAAAGGUCAACGACUGAAACCACUAUUCGGUGCUGGCUUCACUGGCCUCAAGAACCUGGGCAAUAGCUGCUAUCUCAACUCUGUGCUGCAAUCACUCUUCGCUAUGCCAGAGUUCGCGGAGAGAUACUACAGACCAGAAGACAGCACCCCACCAAUCACGAAACCAGCAGAAGACCUGGAAGUGCAGCUGCGGAAGCUAGGCGACGGCUUGCUGUCCGGCAGGUAUGGCCAGCCUGGCUCGUCGGACGUACAAGCAUCAGAAGAGACGAAUGAGACACCUUGGCAGGCAGGUCUUGCACCAGCCAUGCUCAAGCAUCUGGUCGGUCGAGGUCAUGCAGAAUUCAGCACCAUGCGCCAGCAGGACUCAUUCGAGCUUCUGCUUCAUCUGCUGAAACUCAUCACACGAUCACAGUCCUGGGCUCGUGGGCAGUACAAGAACGUCUCAGACCCAGUCGAGUCGUUCAGGUUCUUGAUGGAACAGAAGUUGCAGUGUCUGAGCUGCAAGCGUGUACGAUACCGGCAAGACGAGAUGGAGAAUCUGUCUGUGGCAGUGCCUAUUAAGCGCUUACCGAAAUCAGAGGACGUCAACAUGGAUGAGAAGAAGGAGGAGUUCGAGCCCGUAACACUAAGGCAAUGCUUAGAGGACUUCACCGCCAUGGAGAAAGUCGAAUUCACGUGCUCCUCAUGCAAGCAGACUGGAUUCACCAAGCAGACACUCUUCAAGACUUUCCCGACCAUACUCGCUGUCAACGCGCGCAGAUUCGAGAUUGUCAAUUGGGUCCCUACGAAGCAGGACGUGCCGGUCAUAGUAGACGGUUCGAUCGAUCUAGAAGCUUUCCGCAGCCAUGGCAAGCAAGAAAGCGAAGAGGAGCUGCCGGAGGAUCAGGAUGCAGGCAAGAAUUCAGCAGGCGGUGCCAACGUGUUCCAGGCCAAUGAAGCCGCGCUCGAGAUGCUGAUGUCGAUGGGGUUCCCCAAAGUCCGGUGCGAGAAAGCGCUGCAUGCUACUGGUAACCAGGAUGCCGAAGUGGCCACUGCGUGGUUGUUUGAGCAUAUGGAAGAUCCUGACAUCGACACACCGCUCGAUCCUGGUUUGGGCGGUGCAGGCGGCUCAGCUAGUGGUACUGUGAAUCCGGAGCAGAUCGAGAACCUGCAGAACAUGGGCUUCAGUGCGCCACAGGCUCGUCAAGCGCUGAAGGAGACAGGCGGCGACAUGGAGCGAGCGGUCGACUGGCUGUUCUCGCAUCCAGACGCUACCGGCGACUUCGGCGAUGAUGCACCCACAGCGAAUUCUUUAGCAGAGGCCGAAGCCACGAUUUCUGGACAGCCUACCGAGAUCGACACGAAACCUGCGCACUUCUCGCUCAAGUCAAUUGUGUGUCACAAGGGUACUAGCAUUCAUGCUGGUCACUAUGUGGCUUUCAUCAAGAAGGAGAUCGAGGGCAGGGAUAGCUGGGCAUUGUUCAAUGAUGAGAAGGUUGCUAUGGGCUCAGAUGCGGUGGAGAUGAACGAGGUAGUCAAGGCUGUGCUACCAACACUCGAGAAGAACUAUCAACAAGCAGCGGCGGAAGUUGUGGAAUGUCCUGAUCUGUCGAAAGCUCCUUUCAGUCUCGCUGCUUCUGGCCUGUCAGGCGCCGAAGCCGUCGCAGAUAUCGGUGGUCAACCACAUCUGUUCCCCAGGCCUUUACUGGACAAGAAGUACUCACUGGUCGAAUGUGCUCAGAGUAUGGAUUUGCCGGCAGAGAGGGGUAUGCUGCUCGGCGCUGGCGCUGGACCUUUUCAUGUCAUCGGCAAGAACAAUGAGCUUGCUCCUAAUCUUGCAUGGCAAGGUGGCUACUCGAAAGUCAACAACAAGACGCAUUACGCCAAGAUCGAAAGCAUAGUCGAUGGGAAAGCUCAGCCAGUGUGUCAGCUGAGUCCGAGCACCGACUGUGCACUCAUGAUGAACCUCUACGGCUCUCAAGGCGAUCAAGGUCCAGUCCUGAAAAUCACAGCUCGAGCGCGAAAGGGUUCUCAGAGAAGCUUCACAGACUGUAUCCGGCACGCUCUCCACGACGUUUACGGUGACGAGAGGCAGAUAAGUCUCGGCGGCGUCUUUGUCAUGCGAAAGGGGAAAGCACUAUACCACAUCAUGCCCGACUUCCCAUCCCCAGACAAACUGCCCUUUACGGAUCGCCACGAACUGAAUCGAUGGUUGACAUACCACAACUUCGCCGCUCCCAUGGUGUGUCUGACAGUCUUCCAUUCCGCGGAUCCGGAGAAAUUGGGCUUGAGGAUGGAGCAUACGCAUUGUUUUUCUGCUAUUGAGGGUAAGGAUGAGGGAGGCCAUUAUCAUCAUGAUUUCCUCGAAGGGGAGCAGGGCAGUGAAACUGUAGAGUAUGAGGGAUACUUUAACGUGGCGAAAACGCUUUAUAGGAUCGACAGGCCGGAGGUGACGUUGAAGGAGGAUUUGCAUGAUUAG